CAGUCCCAGCGUCUGUAGGCUAGUCUGCACACUCAGUGAGUUAAGAGUGACACUUCAGCAGCGUCGAAUUUCGUCGUAUCUAAUCCUCACGUCUCGAAAGAGAAAUUAGCAGCAAAUCGCGGAUAACUGCAAACCCUCGACUGGAUACGGAGCGGGAAGGUAGAAUUAACAGUUUUACACAACAGAAUCGCGGACCAGUACCGACGUGGCUCCGUAGUCGUGCGCAUUUCAAAUCAACUGCUCGUAAAUUAGUUGCGAACGAUCCUAAACGCAACUGGUAUUUUGGGCUCCGACCCGACAACUAACUGUAACUGCAAGCCAGAGACAAUCAAGUGAGUGUGACGUUAGCCUGUGCUACGCUGGAUGAUUCGUAGUUUUUCUGCAAAUAGAGAAUCCUCAGACAAUGGAGUCAACUGAUAAGGACCAAAUAACUUCCGGCACUGGGGAAUCACACACGGUGAAUACUGAAACGAGACAAGAGAAAGUUGAACAAGGCCGGGAAAUUCAAGACUCUGCGAACAACUCGUCGGUUGCGCCUGAACCUAGCGCUGCAGAAAGUUCACCGAAAGAUGAGACCGACAAGAUCUCGGACUACUUGGAUUCCCUGAGCUUCGGACGGACGAAACCUAUACUUAGCGACCGACCUGAUGCUGACAUGCCCGUUGGUCCUUACAGCAAAUAUUACAACAUGGAGCACAAGAAGAGAGGACUGGCUGUCAUUCUGGCCUACAGUGAAUUCAGCCGUGGGGGACCAAGUCCUCGCGACUGUGCCUUCCACGAUUCAAAGAUUUGUGAGGCAACCUUCAAGAAGCUCCAUUAUGAGGUUCAGACUCACAUGAAUCUUCCCAGGCGAGAUUUCCUUAAAGUUCUGGAGCAGGUUCGAAACUCAGACCAUAGAGACUGUGACAGUUUGGUCGUGGUUUUCAUGAGUCACGGCGGCCUGAAUGAAAAAACGAACAAGGAAUUCAUCUGGACGUACGACUCCAUGGUCGAUACUUCCGAACUUUGGAAAAACUUGACUCCAGAGAAGUGCCCGUCUCUUGCUGGGAAGCCUAAGUUAUUUUUCAUUCAGGCUUGCAGAGGCGAAGACACUGAUAGAGGCGUUCAGCUGAAGAAACCCAAAGCCCUCAGUGUACAGACUGACUCGGUUGACGUAACUUUGAAUGAAGAAUACGCGAUACCCUUGUAUGCUGACCUGCUCAUGAUGUGGGCAUCAUACCCAGGAAUGUUUGCCUUCAAAUCCAGAAACCGCGGGAUAAACGGGAGCGUCUUCUUCCACUUUCUGACCAGAGUCUUUAACGAAGACGCCCACAACGAAGACCUCUCGUCCAUGCUCCUGAGGGUGACCCGCGAGGUGGCUGUACACUACGAGUCAUACAUGCCUGGGGCCGGAGAGCUUGACAAAAACAAGCAGAUUCCGCAGACGGUGUCGACGCUGAUGCGGAAGGUGAAGUUCUUAUAACCAGAUUUUCUUCAACGCCUCGACAGUUGAAGUAUCAAACGGAUGGACACAGACAAACGGGAAGUUCUCAUGCAAGAAGAACUGAAUUUUCAAAAAGUGAAGCCACUGCAACAUAAGAAAAAAAAUGGGAAAUAAAAACACGAACUACAAUAUGAGGGAGAGAGAAAUAGAGCCCGGGAAUAAAAGCAGACAUAAAAUGGUCAGGAAAAAUGUGAAUAACUGAAUAAAUACAUAUAUGCAUAAAUAAACCAAGUAUUUGACACUUCUCUAUGUUCACCUUAAUAUUGAGAUUAUUAAGCUUUUAAUUCUUCCUGUGAGAAAUCAGUCCACAAAUAGCACCAUGAUUUUCUUAAACAAACGUCAAUGCACUGUUGCAUGAUGGGAAAGGACAUGCAUGCAUUUAAAGUCAUCGAAAAGUAUGUUCUUGACCACUAUAAAUAUUUUUGCAAAGGAGAGUGAAGCAUGUGCUUUUAUUGAGAUAAUCUUAGGAUAUUUAAAUGAACACUUUGUAGCUUACUAUGUAUUGCAAACAGUAUUUUGUAGUCAAAUAGGGCGGGAAUAAAAAGGUGAUUUUGUAAUUUCAA